AUAACAUUAAUUCAGUUUCGGUUCGGUUUAUAUUCGGUUCGGUUCGGUUUUACCGAACCGUAUGCCCACCCCUACGGGCGUCUAAGUACUGCGGCUGCGGGGACGCUGAUUCACAGCGUGCUCUUACUGCCAGAGUCACUGUCGACUCUAAAUUCUUAUCUUCCCUCCCAAAUGCUAUUUUUUUGAAUUCAAAUCAAAAUCACAUUCUUGUCUCUCAAUUACAAGCUCUCAUCGGAAACCGCGAUCCGGAUUCACGAUCAUGAGUCGUAGUAGCAAUCGAGAUUUGUGGUCGGAACUGGUCGCCGAAGAGGAAGGCGAAGGGGGCCGCCAUCAUAAUCAGCAGCCCCAAGCGAUUUACCGGCGUCGGCUCCCCCAAUCCCGUCCGGAGCCGCCUCCCGCUUCACUCCAUCUGAAUCGUCCGAGUUUCGCUCUUCCACCUCCCGUCAAGCGAGUCAGCUGGAAUCGUUCCCUUUCUACCAGAGGGAGGGUAAGCAUCGCCGUUUUCGCUUCUGUUGACGAUCGGCCUCAAAAGAGGGAGGGUAAGCAGAAGCCGCCGCCCAGGGGAAACGGGAACGCAAAGGGGAAGGGAAAGGGAAAGCCGCCUGUUCAUAGACCACAGCCUCCAAACUUUGAGAAAGAACGGGAAUACUUCAAAGAGGUGGAUGCUUUCGAUCUGCUGGAAGAGAGUCCUUCUCCCAAACACAUUUCCACUUGGGUCGCAACCAAUGAAGCGGAUGCUGCUGCUGCCGUCCAGCCUGUCUCUUCCAGAUUACCCAAUUGGUUAAUCUCACACAACUUCAACUCCGACUCCAAUCUAUCCACCACAUUGUCUAAGAUACUUGAAACUCCGGCCGUGCGUUCCGCUAAUGGCGUUGGAGGGUUUAAGUUGAAGACCCCAGAAAAGUCUGCCUCCAAUAUCCGUUCUUAUAAGCAUUCCACCCUGGCAAGAAUCCACGCUUACUUGGAAGAUCAGUUUGUUGCCCAGACAGACAGCGGCGAGGAAACUAUGUCUGAUGAGGGAUGCCGAGACAUUGAGGCAGCUGUUAAGAAGUUGUCUCUUGCUUCGACAUCUUCGUUGGAUCUUGACUUUACGGAUCCUUUCCCUGCUCUGUUGGCUUACUGUGGCCAAUCAGCCCCAUCAACAUUACUAGAUGUGCUCUCCAAAUACUGCGACCCAAAAGAUAUUGUCAAACUGGGUGAAGGUACUUAUGGGGAAGUCUUUAAAGUGGGCAAUACUGUCUGUAAACUAGUACCAAUUGAUGGAGACUCGCGUGUUAAUGGAGAAAUACAAAAGAGAUCAGAAGAACUCCUUGAGGAGGUCAGACUUUCAAAAACUCUUAAUGCUCUAAGAGGGGAUGCUGCAGCUCAAAAUGCAUGCACAACAUUCAUAGAAACUCUGGAGUUAAGGGUGUGCCAAGGUCCUUAUGACCCUGUAUUGAUUAGAGCAUGGGAAGAUUGGGACGAGCAGAAUGAUUCAGAAAAUGAUCAUCCUAAGGGGUUCCCUGAGAAACAGCGGUAUGUGGUAUUUAUAUUGGAACAUGGUGGCAAAGACCUUGAAAGCUUUGUGCUUAAGAACUUUGAUGAAACACGUAGUUUACUCGUCCAGGUAGUGUCUGGUUUGGCAGUUGCAGAAGCAGCAUUUGAAUUUGAACAUCGGGAUCUUCAUUGGGGAAAUGUUCUCUUAAGUCGAAAUGAUUGCACCAAAGUGCAGUUUACCCUCGAAGGAAAGAAAAUGAUUCUCAGAACAUUUGGAUUGUCGAUAUCCAUAAUUGAUUUCACUCUGUCCCGAAUUUGUACUGGUCAAGAUAUACUCUGCUUUGAUAUGUCAUCUGAUCCUUAUUUGUUCAAGGGACCAAAGGGGGACAAACAGGCAGAAACAUAUAGAAAGAUGAAGGAGGUAACACAGGAUAUUUGGGAAGGAAGCCACCCAAGGACAAAUGUCUUAUGGUUGCUGUACUUGGUUGACAUCUUGCUUCUGAAGAAAUCAUUUGAACGUUCUUCUAAACAUGAAAGAGAGAUGCGCUCACUGAAGAAGCGGUUGGACCAGUACAACUCAGCCAAAGAAGCACUCUUUGAUCCUUUCUUCAGCGACUUGUUGGAGGAGGUUAACACAUAAAGUCAAGUCACAAGCGGAAACAGCCACGACACUAGAGGUGCUUCUUUCAGUUCCCGCUGCUUGUUUACUUAUACAUGAACACACAUGAGGUGCUAGGGAAAGCUCGAUGAGCAGGGUAUUUAUAGAUUGAGGUUGUGAAAGUGUUAAGUUGGUCAGGGAGUUAAUUAAGUGUAGUUAGGAUUGCACCAACGAAUGAUGCUGAUUUCUAUAUAUCUCCAUGACGGUAGAGAUAGAUAGAGUUGGCCACUCCUAAUCACAGUUUUUCCUUUUACUCAAAAACUAAAUUUAACCCUAUCCUAUCAUCAUGCUAGACUAUUCUGCUUGAUCUUUAAUCUGAUGCUGGAGAUAAUGGGAAUUGUGGAACUCGAUAAAGGAAAGAAAAAGAGGGUUGAGGCAGGGUGAAUGGAUAGAGUACUAGGAAUGUGAUUCAGAACUCCCGACUUUAGCGCUAGAAUUGGAUGGGGAUGGUGUUGCUUGUACUGGGAAUGGGUUGCCAUUGCGGGAUGAGAAUGAGAUGGUGCUGAGUAAUGUGGGUUUCCCUGCUUUAUAAACCCUUUUAACUAUAACUAACAAGCUCUAAACCUAUUGCAUAGCUGACAUUGGUUGGUGCCUGAAGUUGGGGACAUUUGAUUUAAGACUUCUGUGUGAGUGCUGUUACUUUUCCUGUCCCUGUUAUACUAUGAUGAUGCUGAUCAUCCUUUUCUUCUUGUGUCUUUUCCUUUUUGAAAAGACUAGUAGUAUAGGAAUGGAUCUUGUGUGAUCAUCCCGCACUCCGGAGGGAGGCAGUAGGGACGUUUCGUCGAACUGUAAAGUUCGGCGGCGGGUAUGAAACAACAUGCCCCAACCACAACCCAAUUGCCUGUUUGUUCGCUUUAGUUUCUUCUUAACUUUGGUUUGUAAACUUUGUAGUAGUCUGAUUCCACAUCGUGAAGGUUAGGGGGGUUGAGAAUUCUGGUAGGCAGAAUAUUGCUCCUAUGCUUUUCCUUUCCCCCUAGAGCUGUAAUCAUGCAUACGUCGGAAAAGUGGCAGUAAGGUUAGUGGUCGCCGGUAGUGUUCUGUAAAGGAGGUGAUGUGUGUGCUUUCUGCAGAUCAGGCCUAGUCAACAGAAGCUGCUUUUGAUUCAUCUCUCUCUCUUUUAUUUUUUUGCCUUGUACAAAGUCGGAUAUCAAUCCAUGUUGGGCGAUUUGUUCUCUUGAGUGAUGAGUCUUGUCUCUCUGCCCUUUUUCUUGCUUCCUUCAUGCAUCUUCAUAAUAAAAUAGCAAGCAACUUCCACUCUUUCUAUCUUCUCCCCCAUUGGUCUAAUGAGAAUUAGCAGUAUAUCUUAUCCCCAGUUAAAGCACUUUUAGUAAGUUGUUUUGAACAUGCGGCGAAAUUAAUAAGAUAGUAUUUGGGAAUUAAGGUUUUAGGGUAGGCGUCGCUGUUUGAUUUUGGAUUUAACCAAAAUCGAAUAGGUUUAAUAUACUUGUCGGGUUUCCUUAACGGAUAAAAGCCGAUAAGCGUAUAACGGUUUUGAUUUUGAUUAAAAUCGAAAACCAUUAAUAAACCGAUAAACAUAGAUAAGUCUUAACGUAAUCAAAUGCUUGUUUUUAGUUUGCUCUGCCUGACACCGGAUCCGUUAAGGGCUUAUCAGUUUUGGUUUUCAGCAAUUGGCUAAUUAUGAUUUCGGUUUCUAAUGGUUUUGGUUCGGCAACCGAACAAAACCGCCACCACCUAUUUUACAACAGCGGGUGUAGUGAGAAUAUUUGACUCAGGUAUGUAGCUCGGAGCUCGGGAUGUAAAGGGACUUCUACUGAAGUUUUUUGAAACUCUUACAGCUCCAGCAGCUUGGGUAGAAGUUGGGCAGGGUUUCUGAGAAGCUAGGGCUACGUGUCUAGUUGCAUAUGGUUCGACAUCCUAAGACUCUCAUGUCUAGGGUUUUGUAACAAACAAGAAGACGAAACACAUGCGAAGGUGGUAGUUGUUCUGCAGAACGGUGGUAAAGAAUGAGUCAGGCAGUCAGCUAAGAGGUCAUAGACGACAUGACUUGUUAGUUGACAUGACUCCAUUUUUGUAACAGCGAUUUCCCGAUAAGAUGCAUUUUGCUUUCCAUGGAGCUAUGUAUUCCUAAUAUUUUGCCAACUUUACCUCUUAUGAGUUGUAACAUCUACGACUUCCUCAUUUGAGGAUGCUGUUGUAAAAUAUUUGGAAGGUUUGUUGCAGCCUUGGUCUACUUUUGCAUCUCUAGCUUAUUAUAUAAGUUCUCACAGCCCACAGGGUCGUUUUGCCUUCUAUUUUGUGUAAAUGUCACAUUUGGUCAUUGAGAUUAUCAAAUCGUGUCAUGUUUACUUACAAGAAAAUUUUAAUAUCAAUUUUGAUCACUCGAAUUACUGAAACAUGUCACAUUUAGUAAACUCAGUGACCAAAUGUGGUACUAAAUUUUUCUAGUAAUUCGUGUGACCAAAACUGAUAUUAAAUUUUUCUAGUGACUAAACAUGACACAAUUUUAUUUACCCCUUUUGUUUUGAAUGAUGAGGGAAACACUCCAGCAAACCCUAUGAGGUUGAAGGUGGAGCCUUAGCCUUGGUGCUGGCAAGCUACCCCUUGCAUGUCUAGCUUCUAUACGUAAUAUUAUGGCAAUUCAAAAUUAAAUUUUUGCCACAUAAGCACUUGAGAGAUCUCAAGUGGCUAAGGUGGACAAUUUUUUUACCAAAAAAAUAGUUAUUGACCUAUUUAUGGAAUUGUCCCUCUCUCUUCAUUUAAUAUUUAAUUCUCUUUUAUCCAAUAAUUAUUUUGCUUUUGUUUUUGCAUUAUAUUUAUAAAUAAUAUAUGGAGAGAAAUUCGUAAAACGAUCAUACCGAUGGUGUCAUGUCGAUUUCAUGACCGGUACCGGUUGAAUUGUUCAACCGGUGGCAUGCCGAUCGACGUGACAAUCAUGAUGGAGAGUGACAUAUAUCACAUUUUGUUUUUGCAUUAUAUCGAUGUACGCAAUAGUAUACUAAUGUAUGUAGAGUGACAUAUAUAUCACACUUUUUAAACAAAAAAAAUAUAUGAUUAAAGAUUAC